AUGGCGAUCUCUUUGCUCUGUUUUUGCAUCAUUACCCUCGUUUCGUUCAUCUUUUUUGUCAAGAAGAUUAAACACUUCAAGUGGAAUCUUCCUCCAAGCCCUCCUAAGUUUCCAAUCAUCGGAAACUUACACCAGAUCGGAGAAUUGCCUCACAGGUCACUUCAACGUCUAGCUGAAAGAUACGGACCUGUGAUGCUUCUUCACUUUGGGUUUGUCCCUGUGGUUGUAGUUUCGUCGAGAGAAGCAGCUGAAGAAGUUCUUAGAACUCAUGAUUUAGAGUGUUGCAGUAGGCCUAAUCUUGUCGGGACGAAGUUACUCUCGCGAAAUUUUAAAGAUAUCGGUUUUACGCCAUACGGUGAAGAGUGGAAGGAGCGGCGCAAGUUUGCGGUACGUGAGCUUUUCUGCCUGAAGAAAGUUCAGUCUUUUAGACAUAUCAGAGAGGAAGAGUGUAACUUUCUGGUCAAGAAACUGGCGGAAUCCUCGGCGGAUCGAUCUCCUGUGGACUUGAGUAAAUCUCUUUUCUGGCUAACCGCGAGUAUUCUGUUUAGAGUUGCUUUAGGACAGAAUUUCCACGAGAGCAAGUUUAUCGAUAAAGAAGAGAUCGAAGAGCUCGUGUUCGAGGCCGAGACUGCCCUGGCUAGUUUCACUUGCUCCGAUUUCUUCCCAGUAGCCGGACUUGGAUGGCUUGUUGACUGGAUUUCCGGACAACAUAGGAGGCUCAACGAUGUUUUCUUCAAGCUCGAUGCUCUGUUUCAAAAUGUGAUCGAUGAUCAUUUGAAUCCAGGAAGAUCAAAAGAUCACGAAGACAUCAUAGAUUCCAUGUUGGAUGUGAUUCAUAAACAAGGCAAAAAUGAUUCCUUAAAGCUCACAAUAGAUCAUAUCAAGGGAUUUCUUGCGAAUAUAUUUCUUGCAGGAAUAGACACAGGGGCCAUCACCAUGAUAUGGACAAUGACAGAGCUAGCUAGAAACCCGAAACUGAUGAAGAAAGUCCAAAGCGAGAUCCGAGACGGCCUUGGCAACAAUAAGGAGAGAAUCACCGAAGAAGAUAUCGAUAAAGUUCCUUACUUGAAGAUGGUAAUCAAAGAAACAUUCAGAUUACACCCUGCAGCUCCUCUUAUACUUCCAAGGGAAACAAUGGCUCAUAUCAAAGUUCAAGGUUAUGAUAUUCCCCCGAAGAGACGGAUCUUGGUCAAUGUUUGGGCGAUAGGAAGAGAUCCCAAACUCUGGACAAACCCGGAAGAGUUUAACCCCGAGAGGUUUAUCGAUAGCCAAGUAGAUUACAGAGGACAACAUUACGAGCUAUUACCAUUUGGUUCUGGUCGAAGGAUAUGUCCCGGGAUGCCGAUGGGGAUUGCUACAGUCGAAUUGGGACUCUUGAACUUACUUUACUUCUUCGAUUGGAGAUGUCCAGAUGGGAUGACACAUAACGAUAUCGAUACAGACGAAGCUGGUACUCUUACCACAGUAAAAAAAGUACCUCUGAUGCUUGUUCCAGUUCGAAUUUAG